AUGGCUCCCGAACCGACGACCACCGCAAACCCUGCCCCAUCCACAGGUGAUACCUCGAAGCCAGCCAACGGCGACAGCCAGCCCACAACCGCAGAAGCCACCUCCUCCCCCGAGGCUGACAAGGAAACGGAAGAAAACAAACCCGAUGGGAACUCUCCAUCCACCGAGACAUCCUCCAAGACCGACCCUGCAGAGAUUGACGACAAGAAACCCGCCAGUCUAGGCGACAAGCGUGAACACGACUCGUCAUCAGCCCCUGCCGACAAAGAACAACCCGCCGUGUCGGAGCCCACCACCAAGAAACAGAAAACCGCCGCCAAACCAGCCGAGGACGGUGGCCCUGCCGCGAACGGGAACGGCGAGAAGAAGAAGGGCCGUCCCAAGAAGACCCAGGAGACCAAGGAGUCUGCGAAGCGGGAUGUCCCCACGGACGGGAUCGGGAGUCGGACGCGUAGCCGGACUAAGGCUACCUAGAUACACGUUUUGUAGGAUCCUUGCGUACCCUACGGCUAUGGGACAAGGGGCACUACGACAAGAGAUGUUGGCAAAAUCGUGAGAUAAUGUUAGGGAGUUGAUAUCAUGAAACAAUUCUAUCUUAAAAUAUUCACCGUUGAUGGGGAGUAGGAGUAGGAGGAGCAGUGAAUUUUGUAACUCGAGGCACAGUCUCCAGAAGCUAGAUGGAUAUUUGAAACCUGAAGCGAUAUCGGAUCCUCCCUUACCGCCAGCACAGCGUUACCGUCAGUAUCCUGGUUCCUGGCAAACCCAAGCUUCGACUCAUCAAUGUGUUUCUAUUCAGCAGCUAUACAUUUCUCAGUAACACUGUAUACAUACCUAUCAUCCAUCUACCUACUACUAGA